GCUCUUCCCGGUUCCUCCUGUGCCUGGCUUCUCGGCUCCGGGGCUCCUCCGUUCACAGGAGAGAUACCUGUGCCAAAACAAAAAAAAAAAACCCACCAAGAGAUACCUGCAUUAAUAAGCAAAGAGCCGAGCGAUUUGUCGUUUUGUGUGAUUUAAAACAGGUAGCCGGUUGAAAUAGCCGCUGACUACUGUCGAACAUGGACACGUAUGGCAACUCGCACAAAAAACAGAAGCUAAGCAACGCCGCUGAUAGCUGGGGAAAGCAACGUGCAACUAAUGUCACGUAUCAAGCUCACCAUGUCAGCCGAAACAAGCGUGGGCAGGUUGUAGGCACAAGAGGAGGGUUCAGGGGAUGCACCGUUUGGCUCACUGGUUUGUCCGGUGCAGGGAAGACCACAGUAAGCAUGGCUCUAGAGGAGUACCUGGUUUGUCAUGGGAUCCCUUGCUACACCCUGGAUGGAGACAACAUCCGCCAGGGGCUGAAUAAGAACCUGGGCUUCAGCCCAGAGGACCGUGAAGAGAACAUUAGACGUAUUGCUGAGGUGGCCCGGCUUUUUGCUGAUGCUGGGCUGGUCUGCAUUGCCAGCUUCAUCUCUCCCUACAGCAGGGAUCGCCUUAAUGCCAGGAAGAUCCACGAGGCAGCCGGGCUGCCUUUCUUUGAGGUGUUUGUGGACGCUCCACUGGAUGUGUGUGAGCAGAGGGACGUGAAGGGGCUGUACAAGAGAGCCAGAGCAGGCGAAAUAAGAGGUUUCACUGGAAUUGACUCAGAAUACGAAAAGCCAGAGGCUCCAGAGCUGGUGCUAAAGACUGACUCCUGCAGUGUGAAUGAGUCCAUACAACAGCUUAUUGACCUGCUUCAGGAGAGGGAUAUAGUUCCUGUUGAUGCUUCUUAUGAAGUGAAAGAGCUGUAUGUUCAGGAGAACAAACUGGACCUGGCCAAGGCUGAUGCAGAGACUCUGCCUGCUGUACAGAUUGGGAAGGUGGACAUGCAGUGGGUGCAGGUGCUGGCUGAAGGCUGGGCCACUCCUCUGAACGGCUUUAUGCGAGAGAGAGAGUAUUUGCAGUGUCUUCAUUUUGACUGUCUGCUGGAUGGUGGUGUAAUCAACCUGUCAGUGCCCGUGGUGUUGCCGGUGUCUACUGCAGAUAAAGAGCGUCUAGAUGGUGCGACAGCCAUGGCUCUGGUUUAUGAGGGCAGGCGAGUGGCCAUCCUUCGCAACCCUGAGUUCUAUGAGCACCGAAAAGAGGAGCGCUGCGCUCGUCAGUGGGGCACCACCUGCAAGGACCACCCCUACAUCAAGAUGGUGAUGGAAAGUGGGGACUGGCUGGUCGGCGGAGACCUGCAGGUUCUGGACAGGAUCUACUGGAACGAUGGACUCGACCAGUAUCGACUGACUCCCACUGAGCUCAAACAGAAGUUUAAAGAAAUGAAUGCAGAUGCUGUAUUUGCCUUCCAGCUCCGCAACCCAGUCCACAACGGCCAUGCUCUUCUGAUGCAGGACACCCACAAGCGUCUCAUCGAGCGAGGCUACCGCCGGCCCGUACUGCUGCUCCACCCACUGGGAGGUUGGACCAAGGACGAUGAUGUGCCGCUGCCAUGGCGAAUGAAGCAGCACGCGGCUGUGCUGGAGGAGGGCGUCCUGAAUCCAGAUUCUACCAUUGUUGCUAUCUUUCCCUCACCUAUGAUGUAUGCUGGGCCAACUGAGGUUCAGUGGCAUUGCAGAGCUCGGAUGGUGGCUGGUGCCAACUUCUACAUUGUGGGUCGAGACCCUGCAGGCAUGCCCCACCCUGACACAGGAAAGGACCUGUACGAGCCCACUCACGGGGCCAAAGUCCUCACCAUGGCUCCCGGCCUCAUCACCCUGGAGAUUGUACCCUUCAAGGUCGCAGCUUACAACAAGGUCAAAAGAGCAAUGGACUUUUAUGACCCCAAGAACCAUCAAGAUUAUGAUUUCAUCUCAGGCACACGUAUGCGUAAGAUGGCUCGCGAGGGAGAGAAUCCUCCUGAUGGCUUCAUGGCUCCAAAGGCUUGGGCUGUGCUUAAAGAAUACUAUAAGUCCAUGGAGAAGGCCUAAAGGUUGAAUCACGGAUGUAAAAACACGGGAACACAGUGGUCUCUACUGAUGUUUAAAAUGAUGAAUGUGGGGACCACUCGGCUACUAUCGAAAAAACCACGCUCUGGCUUCUGUCUUUAUGUCACUUUUACGCUCAAAGUGUUGGUCAUCAAAAUUGUCUCAGUUUUUAGUCUUACCACGGUUGUAUUUUAACUAUGUGUACUUUAUUUAACUAAACUUACUUGGACUGUGAAAUAUGGUAGCAGAGGUCAGUAUACUGUUCAGUUGAUAUUCAAGAGCAUGAACAAAAAAAAUAAUCUUAUUAGAUGUUUGUGUUUCACAUUAACUUUAUAACUGUAUAUUCUGAUGACUGGUUGCAAAAAUGUGUAAAAGACUGAAGAUCCAAACCAUCAAUGACCUGUAUGGAAAGUACUGUUGACCAGUACUUAAGCAGUAAAGAAUGUUGAGUAUUCGUGAUGUCCUCAUUUACAACGGUUACUGCACCUGCUAGAGUUUGUAUAACUCACUACUGAACCCCAAACAAGUCGCUUUGUACUGUAUGUUUGCAAGUGGCGGUGGCAAUUGCUCGAAAUUCGGUGUACACAAGUAUUUGAUGUGUAAGUUGAGUGCCUUGGUCUUUCUCAAAUUCCUGUCUUCAGAAAGUGAAUUCACAUGAUGUCUUGCUUGAAUUAGGACACAGACUCACACACACACACACA